GCAGAUGUCACCCGUUUAGACAAAUAUUUUCGUGUUUCCGCCCUUGUGUAAAAAAAUUCACAAUUUCGAAAGUUGUGCAUUUGCAAAUUAUUAUGAUAAAUAAAUUCGAGACUUGAAUAUUUUUUCCACUGGUGUGCCAUUGGAAAUUGCGAAAAAUCCCAAGUGUGGCAAGAAUGAAAUAAUUCGGGUUUUUCUAGCUUUGGCAAAUUUUUUUUGUAUAUUGUUAAAAGGUGAAACAACUCCCGUUGCUUCAUUUCUUCGCUAAAUAAUGAGUGACAAUGAUUUCACUUGUGGUAUUUUUGAUCUUUCUUCAAAGUGAGGUUAUAUGGGCCAAUCAUACAUUCAAUCCUAGAGGCCCCCUUGUAAAGUGUUCGUUCCUCCCUUGGGAAUUCAUCACUUGCAAGGACCCAGUUGACCACAAGGGUAAUAGAACGGCAAAGGAAGAGUUGGGUUAUGGUUGUGUUAAGUUUGGUGGUAUGAAAUACGAAGAUGUUGAAAGGACUAAAGUGGAGUGUACAGUUUUGGAUAGGAUAGAAUGUUACGGAAAUCGAACUUUUCUUAAAGAAGGCGUCGCUUGUGUGAAAUAUUCCGAUCAGUAUUUUACAACAACGUUGUUAUACAGCAUUUUAUUAGGUUUUCUUGGGAUGGAUAGGUUUUGUUUAGGGCAGACAGGAACAGCAGUCGGUAAAUUGUUAACAUUAGGUGGAGUUGGUAUUUGGUGGAUUGUUGACAUUGUACUACUUGUAACCAAUAAUUUAGGGCCUGAAGACGGCAGUAAUUGGAACCCUUAUGUGUAAAUAAAAGACUUGUUUUACUUCUUA